GUAACAAGACUGCUCCAUAAGAGUGGAUUAGGUUAGCAAAAUGGCGCAACAAGUUUCUCAAGGAUUAAUUAUUUUUCUCCUUCAUAAUCAAGACUGGAUUGUUUCCAAGGAUUCACCUUCGCGUGUAUUAUAUAAUUGAUUUUUACUCACGAAUAGAUACCAGUUAAGCUCUAGAUACUUCUAGAUACUAGAGUUUUUUCGCCUGUGAUCAUCAUUUUAAAAGCCGCCAUUCAUUUUUGAAAGUUUCCUUGUUAUAAAUAUGCUUCUUCACUUUGUUGUCUGUUUGCGUUCAAUUGGUUGUACCUAUUAAAGAUCUGCUUUUUUCUGAAUGAUUCUCAAAUAAGUUAUCCUUACAAAGAGAAUCAACAUAUUCCUAUAAACAGCGAAUUCAGGUGUAAGGCGAUGACGAAUAUGGCGAAACUAAACAAUUCAUUGAAAUAUUUGUUACUCAAGCCAAAACAAAUAAACAGUUUGUUUACAGCAAAUUUAUCAUCAUUUAAGCUUCCAGAAAUCAACUUUAAUCCUAAAAAUUAUAAAACUUUAGACCUAGAUAAAAUAAGAACAAUCCAAGGAAAACAUUUGAGCCCGUGCUUGAAUUAUCUCUAUCAAAAUCCACCCAUUCUGGUUCAAGGUAAAAGACAAUAUGUUUGGGAUCAAAAGGGUCGUCAAUAUCUGGAUAUGUUUGGUGGAAUUGUAACCACAAGUGUUGGCCAUUGUCAUGAUAGAUUGGUAACUGCAAUAACAGAACAAGCAAACAAGUUAUGGCAUACAAGUUCAUUAUAUCUUUACGAUGAGAUUCACAAAUACGUGUCCGAAUUGGUAACCAAAUUUCCAUCGCCAUUGAACAAUGUUUUCCUCUGUAAUUCGGGAUCUGAAGCGAAUGAGUUUGCUGUUCUAUUGGCUCGUCUCUAUACAGGAUCGCAUGAAAUGAUUUCUUUGAGAAACUGUUAUCACGGCUGUUCACCAAAUACCAUGGCUUUGGGUGGUAUCGGUACAUGGAAAUAUCCUAUUCCACUCAUGCCAGGUGUCCAACAUACAACCUGUCCAGAUCCUUACCGAGGUCGUUUUGGUGGAUCAAAAUGUCGAGAUUCGCUGGUCCAAACAAAUCGUACUUGUGAUUGUUCAUCUGGUAAAUGUCAAGCCUCAGAAAUGUAUCUCCAAGAUUUGGAUGAAGUAUUAGCAACCGCGGUUCCCAAAGGUGGAGUUGCUGGCUUCAUAAUUGAAUCAAUCACCGGUGUUGGUGGUUUUGUCCAGUUUCCAUUUGAUUAUGUAAAGAAGGCUUAUUCGAAAAUCAAACAGCAUGGAGGCUUGUUCAUCAGUGAUGAGGUGCAAACAGGAUUUGGCAGAACGGGGUCACAUUAUUGGGGCUUUGAAGCCCAUGGAAUUGUUCCAGAUAUUGUAACCAUGGCUAAAGGGAUAGGAAACGGUUUUCCAUUGGCAGCAGUUGUUACAAGCCAGGAAAUAGCACAGUCAAUUAAAAAGGCCCUGUUUUUCAACACUUUCGGAGGUAAUCCGUUGGCAUGUAGAGUUGGCUCUGAAAUUAUUAGCAUAAUUGAUGAUGAAAACCUGCAAGAAAACAGUAAAAUACAGGGUGAAAAAUUAAUCAAAGGGCUGGCACUUCUUCGAGAUAAAUACCCAAACGUGAUUGGAGAUGUUCGUGGUAAAGGACUUAUGAUAGGAGUUGAACUGAUAAAAAACAAGGACACUAAGGAACCAAUAUCUGGAAAAGGGUUUGCACAAAUACUGGAAGACUUUAAGGAUAAUGGAGUUUUGGUUGGUAAAGGAGGUCCUUUAGCAAAUGUAAUACGUUUAACACCUCCGAUGUGUUUGUCCUCUGAAGAUAUUGAUGUUGCAUUACAGGUUUCUGAUCAUGUUUUUGCCAAUUAUAAACAUCUAGACUAAAAAAUAUUCAGCUUUGCUAAAAGAUUAUUCAAUUAAUAUGAAACAAUAUUUUUCAAGAAACAUUACUUUUUAAUAAAAGAUUAUUUCAUUCGCGUGAAAUUUUUUAGACCGAUUUGUUAAAUGCAUCAUCUUUGUUUCUUUGAGACAUUCAAGAAUUAAUUUUAUAUCUUAGUAACAAGUUAUGAUAAAAGUGAAAAAAGUAGCGUAAGAGAAAGAGAGAAAUGAAGAAAUAGAAACAAUUUAACUAUGGUUAACCAUUUUUAUGUUUGUAGCCAAGGAUUGUUAUUAAAACACAUUAUUUUCAAAGAUUGA